AUGGAAUCAAAUCACAAAUCCGGGGAUGGAUUGAGCGGAACCCAGAAGGAAGCAGCUCUCCGCGCACUGGUCCAGCGCACAGGAUAUAGCUUGGUCCAGGAAAAUGGACAAAGAAAAUACGGUGGUCCCCCGCCUGGUUGGGAUGCUGCACCCCCAGAAAGGGGCUGUGAAAUUUUUAUUGGAAAACUCCCCCGAGACCUUUUUGAAGAUGAGCUUAUCCCACUAUGUGAAAAAAUUGGUAAAAUUUAUGAAAUGAGAAUGAUGAUGGAUUUUAAUGGCAACAAUAGAGGCUAUGCAUUUGUAACAUUCUCAAAUAAACAGGAAGCCAAGAAUGCAAUCAAGCAACUUAAUAAUUAUGAAAUCAGAAAUGGGCGUCUCUUAGGGGUUUGUGCCAGUGUGGACAACUGCCGAUUGUUUGUCGGGGGAAUCCCAAAGACCAAAAAGAGAGAAGAAAUCUUAUCAGAGAUGAAAAAGGUCACCGAAGGAGUCGUGGAUGUCAUCGUCUACCCAAGUGCUGCAGAUAAAACCAAAAACCGCGGCUUUGCCUUCGUGGAGUAUGAGAAUCACCGGGCAGCUGCCAUGGCCCGGAGGAAGCUUCUCCCAGGAAGAAUUCAGUUAUGGGGACACCCUAUUGCAGUAGACUGGGCAGAACCAGAAGUAGAAGUUGAUGAAGACACAAUGUCCUCAGUGAAAAUCCUGUACGUAAGAAACCUAAUGCUGUCUACCUCAGAGGAGAUGAUUGAGAAAGAAUUCAAUAACAUUAAACCAGGUGCUGUGGAAAGGGUGAAGAAAAUCCGAGACUAUGCUUUUGUGCACUUCACUAACCGAGAAGAUGCAGUGGAGGCCAUGAAAGCUUUAAAUGGGAAGGUGCUGGACGGGUCGCCCAUUGAAGUGACCCUAGCCAAACCAGUGGACAAGGACAGUUAUGUUCGGUACACCCGAGGAACAGGCGGAAGGGGCGCCAUGUUGCAGGGAGAGUACACCUACUCUUUGGGCCACGUUUACGACCCCACCACCACCUACCUUGGAGCCCCUGUCUUCUAUGCCCCCCAGGCCUACACAGCGAUUCCCAGCCUUCAUUUCCCAGCCACCAAAGGACAUCUUGGCAGCAGGGCCAUUAUCCGGGCCCCUUCUGUUAGAGAAAUUUACAUGAAUGUACCUGUAGGGGCUGCGGGAGUGAGAGGACUGGGCGGCCGUGGCUAUUUGGCUUACACAGGCCUGGGCCGGGGAUACCAGGUCAAAGGAGACAAGAGAGAAGACAGACUCUAUGACCUUUUACCUGGGAUGGAGCUCACCCCAAUGAAUCCUGCCACUUUAAAGCCCCAAGGAAUUAAACUUGCUCCCCAGAUACUGGAAGAAAUCUGUCAGAAAAAUAACUGGGGACAACCUGUGUAUCAACUUCACUCUGCCAUCGGACAAGAUCAAAGACAACUCUUCUUAUACAAAAUAACCAUUCCUGCCCUGGCUAGCCAGAAUCCUGCCAUCCAUCCUUUCACACCUCCGAAGCUAAGUGCCUAUGUGGAUGAAGCAAAGACAUACGCGGCCGAGUACACCCUGCAGGCCCUGGGCAUCCCCACUGAUGGAGCCGACGCCCAGACCGCCGCUGCUGCCGCCGCUGCUGCUGCAUUUCCAGGCUAUGCUGUCCCCAGUCCAACUGCGUCUGUGUCUGCAGCCCAGCUCAAGCAAGCAGUGACCCUGGGACAAGACUUAGCAGCGUAUGCAGCAUAUGAGGUCUACCCCACUUUUGCAGUGACUGCCCGAGGGGAUGGAUACGGAACCUUCUGA